GUGAGAAACAGCAAACAGCUGCGUGCUGCGUUACUCUGUCACAUUUUCAAGAAGAGAUGUUUACAUCACCUCUCGAGUUAGCUCGUUCGAGCUUUCACGUAUCUCCUUGGAUUACAAUAAUUCACAAAAUUGUUAAAAUUCCGUGAUAAUUAUACGGGCAAUUUUUUUUUUUGGUACUGUCAUCGUCGAUGGUGCUUUUUUAUUUGUUAUAUAUUUUUAUUCGUGUUUACUCUUUGUGCCUUGUUCGUGUACGCGAUUUUUCAUACUCUAAAAAACAACACGGAUUUGUAUAAUGUUCAUAUAAUAUAAAUUCAUAAAUGAACGAGUAAAAUGGGCAAUUAUUUGAGUAGAAUUGCUUUUGUGUCAAAUAUCGCUGUGAAUUCAGUUUAUCUUGGACGCAAAAGAAAGUGCAUCGAAGAGGAUGAAUGCGAAUCAGAUUCGGAAUUUAUUGACAAAACUCUACAAACACCCAAAAGAAGAAAACUGCUUACAACUGCACAAUAUAUUUACAAAACUCUAUUUCAAGAAGAAAAAGCAAGUGAUAUAACAGUUUUCAUGCUUGGAAGAGCAUGGCGAUUGCACAAAGUAUACAUAAGCCAAAGUCCAUAUUUUGCAAGCAUGUUUUCGGGUGCCUGGCGAGAGACGAAUGAAAGAUUUAUUACCGUCGAAAUUGUUGAUCCCUUCAUAACACUGGAUUCCUUAACAAUCGUAUUGGGUUCGUUAUACCAGGAUGAAGUUAGUCUCGAGCCCAAAGACGUUAUUUCGAUCCUUGCAACAUCGACCUUAUUUCAAUUACAAGGACUCAUUGAUCAGUGCGGAGAAAUAAUGAUCGAAACGACUAACAUAAGAACGGUUGUUCCUUACUACAAUGCUGCAGUCUCAUAUGGUGUACCUGCUGUCAAAGCAGCAGCAAAAAAGUGGCUGGAAGUAAAUCUUCUUGCUUAUGGGUGGCGGUAUCCAACUUUUCUGACUGAAAUCACACCUGAUCUCAUGGCGGAAUUGAUAGGCAGUUGUGAAUUGGUUGCCAUGCAAACUGAAUUCUGUGUCUACAUGAUGCUCCGAGCUUGGUUGUUUGUUCACAUGACAAAUAAAGAAGAUGCAAUCCAAGUAGACGAUUAUUAUAAAAAUCAUACAUGGACACAGCCGUUUUUAUCAACGGAAGAAGGAAAAAAAUUUGCUCCGCCUUUCAAGGCUUUGAGAAUGAAAUAUCUGCUGCUCCACGAUCAAGACGUAGAAAUUUUGUACAGCGAUAAUCUAAUUCCAUCCGAAUGGCUUCACAACGCUUACAAAGAGCAGUGGUUACAUCUUUUGAGAAUAGAUGCGAACAAGGAUCGUGGUCCUAAACAAAUGAGCGAUGAGGAAUUCUCCAGAGAAUGCUUUAGAUGCGGAAGGUGUGUCGAAAAACCUGGUGAUCAUAUUUGGAGGUGGACAGCGUUCCAUUUUGGCCUUGAGCUUGUUGUACAUCUCGAUAUAACGACGCUUAGGAUAAGGAGAAAUCACAGGAUAGACUCGGAUCACAUAACUGCUAAUCACAGCAAACGCAACAUCAUACUGAAGGUUUCGCUGAUUUCCUUGGACGAGCAGAGACAAAUAAAACAUAUACAGAGUUCUGGUAUAUUUAAAAUAUCACUUCACAAGAAUGAAGAGAAACAAGUGAUGCCGUUGGACAAACAGCUGACUUAUCCGUUGUAUAUAUCCGUCAAUAUGCAGGUUGUAACGCCUUUUACGAGUUUGGACGAGGCUAAACCGUCGAGUAUAACGGUGCUUGCGAAUACUUAAGGAGAGAAACGAAACUAAAAACAUACAAAUCGGUAAUACGGUAUAUCCCAAUGGAACAAUCACAUUUUCAACGGUGUUUCGGAAUUGCAAAAGUUCCCACCACCCGCGUUAACCGGUUCUACAAUUUAUCUAGUCGAGAGAACAUUUACCGUGUCGCUGGUAAAUCAUCCAUCGUUGACAAUUGAGCGGGGUUGCUCGUGUUUGUUGACCAAACAAGAGAUGCAGCUUGUACAUAAAGUAGGAGGAAUAACACCAAACCUUAAGGUUGUAUAGGCUUGGAUUCGCCACGAUUCGUCGCCUAGACACUCGUAUAGUAUAUAAAGAGAACACAAACGAAAACACUCACCAGGUGCUACGAGCUUGAAAACAAAAGAAACAAAACAAGUGAGAAAAGUUAAAACGUCUUUUUCAGGCAUACGAAAUUCUUAGUUUUCCUACAUAAUAAAUUCCUCUGAUCGUUUACAAAAUUAAACAGGCUCGGAAAAUUCGAAUUUUCAUUGAAGAAUGACAACAAGAAAAUCGUCAAUUAUUGUUCCAAUUCUGUGCUGGCCAGCAGAGUGCACAUUUGAUAUAAAACCUUUCCAAGGAAACUAACCAAUACAAAAAGUGUUCACAUACGAGCUUGCGAAUGCAGUGUUCGAACGUUUUUAUACGGAAAUUAUAUUUCGUAGAUUUCCAAAUAAUUCUCAUACUUCAUUUUGUUUUUCGUUUUAUUUUCGUAUGGAUGAAAUCUAGCACAUUCCUCAUUCAAAGGACUGAUUUUAAUGUGUUAAAUCAAUACACUGUUCCAUAGAUUCCACAGUUCAUUGAUAAAUUCAUAUUUUUCACAAAUGCCUGACACUGUCGAAUUAAUAUGCUUAAUAUAUAUAUAUAUAUCCUAAUUUUUCAAAGUAAUUUAAUAUACUGUUAAGGGUUAAAGAAACAAAAUAUAUAUCUAUAUAUUUAACAGGAGUUGCCUUCGAAGGUGGAGUUUUUUCUAACUAUUUACCUUGUAAAAUAUUGAUGUAAUAAUCGAGGGAACGGGAAAAGAGAGUUAUCGAAUAUUUUUUUGGCAAAAUAUCGAAAAAAAAUCAAACGAAGAGAUUUUUGUGCCUAAAAAUUUUGAGAAUGGAUUGUAAUUUUUUCAUUUGACGACAUAGUAUUGUUUUUUUAUUAUUUUUUUUUGUGAAGAAUAAACAAACGUCAUUUCGGAAAUCGUAAAUUUUUUGUUCUAAUCGACACUUUUUUUUUUUUAAAUAUUGCGUGAGAAUCCAAAAACGGAUAUUGAAGUGAAAAAAUAAUUUUUUUUACACAAAUUUCAUUUUUUUAGGUCUUUACGAAUAAAAUGCCGACGAUUAAUUAAGGGCAAUGACUCGCCGGCGAAGAUAGCAUUUUAUCAAGUUUCUUGUACCUUUUUCGUACAAUUUAUAGUUCUCGAGCUAUUCGGAGGUUUCGAAGAAUCCAUAAUCGUAUAAGGAAGCAUGGAAAAUGUAACGAUACGAAUACCUCGAUUUGUUUCGUACACAAAUUUUUGUACAAAAAACGAAAAAAAAAAAAAAAUGAGAAGAGAACAAGUGAAUAAAAAUUUGUGAAGGAA